ACCGUCAUCCGGGCCAUGCCCGUCUACAAGAAGGCAGAGCACGUGACCGAGGUGGUGAAGCGCUGCCCCAACCAUGAGCUCGGGCGAGACUUCAAUGAAGGACAGUCUGCUCCGGCCAGCCACCUCAUCCGCGUGGAGGGCAACAAUCUGUCACAGUACGUGGACGACCCUGUCACGGGCAGGCAGAGUGUCAUGGUUCCCUACGAGCCCCCGCAGGUGGGGACAGAAUUUACCACCAUCCUGUACAACUUCAUGUGCAACAGCAGUUGUGUGGGGGGCAUGAACCGGAGGCCCAUCCUCAUCAUCAUCACCCUGGAGACCCGGGACGGACAGGUGCUGGGCCGCAGGUCCUUCGAGGGCCGCAUCUGCGCCUGUCCCGGCCGAGACCGCAAGGCUGACGAGGACCACUACCGCGAGCAGCAGGCCCUGAGCGAGAGUGCGGCCAAGAACGGGGCCGGCAGCAAGCGCGCCUUCAAACAGAGCCCCCCGGCCGUGCCCGCCCUGGGCACCAACGUGAAGAAGAGGAGACACGGGGACGAGGAUGUGUACUACAUGCACGUGCGGGGCCGAGAGAACUUUGAGAUCCUGAUGAAGGUCAAGGAGAGCCUGGAGCUGAUGGAACUGGUGCCACAGCAGCUCGUGGACGCCUACCGGCAGCAGCAGCAGCAGCUUCAGAGGCCUUUUUUAACAGGAUUGGGGUGUCCAAACUGCAUCGAGUAUUUCACCUCCCAAGGCUUACAGAACAUUUACCACCUGCAGAAUCUGACCAUAGAGGACCUCGGGGCCCUGAAGAUCCCGGACCAGUACCGGAUGACCAUCUGGAGGGGCCUGCAGGACCUGAAGCAGAGCCACGACUACGGCGCCCAGCAGCUGAUCCGCUCCAGCAGCAACGCGUCCGCCAUCGCCGUGGGCAGCUCCGGGGAGCUGCAGCGGCAGCGGGUCAUGGAGGCCGUGCACUUCCGCGUGCGCCACACCAUCACCAUCCCCAACCGCGGGGGCCCGGGGCCCGACGAGUGGGCGGACUUCGGCUUCGACCUCCCGGACUGCAAGUCCCGGAAACAGUCCAUCAAAGAGGAGUUCACGGAGAGCGAGAUCAACUGAGGGGCCGGGAGGGCGCGGCGGGGUCCCCGGGCAGCC